AUGCCCGAGUGCCGGAAUUGCCUCCGUCUGGGGGUCGGAUGUCCAGGCUUCAGUCCGCAGAGCGAAUUCAUCUCCCGCAAGGAGAUGCAAAAGUCGGCAGACGACAUCUUCAGGGCUGCCGGGGUGGAAAAGCGACGGGUUGGGUCCUGUGAGGAAUGCCGGUCGUCCAAGCACCGCUGCACCAAGACUCGACCAUCAUGUCGCCGCUGCAUCUUGCGUCAUCUGCCCUGCGUCUAUCCCUCGAAGCCGGAUAAGCAGCAAGAGCGCGAAUCAUCGACCCAGCCCGCCAGCUCUGUGGCAAGCUCGACGGCUGCUGCUGCGGGACUCACUUCGACCGCCUCGGUUCAGUCCCUGGAUGUUGGCCAAUGGACAAAUCCCGCCCUGUUGCAUGCCUUUGGCGUCAACAUUGAGAGUCUAUGCACAGACACUCUGCCAAAAGACCACGGCCUUCGACUCCGUCUAGUGAAUGCUUUCUUUGACCGAUCACAUCAUCUUCGUUGUAUCUCUUUCGUCCACCCGCCUUCUUUCAUGCAGUCGCUUGAGUCAGCCACUAUAGCUGAGGAUUAUGGAGAGCCUCUGCUCUAUGCCAUGUGCGCCCUUGGCGCAAGACACAUCUACUUUGAUGCGACACUCGCUCUUGACGGACCCGAUCGCGAAUCACUUCCGAGCAUAGUCCCCGGUCAGGCAUGGGCUGAGAGGGCGAGAAAGGAGAUAUUAGGAGAAAUGCAUGCUCCAACGGUGCAAAAUCUCAUGGCAGGUGCCCUUCUCUGCGAGUAUGGCCUUCGGGAGGACCAGCACGCUCUGGUCUUUAUUUUGCUGGCUUUUCUGCAUCGAGCCAUUAGACUUCUCAGCCUCGAUAUGCCGCGACCUCUUCCAGACCAUUGUACAGUCGCUCAGAUGAUGCAACGAGAGGUAGAGAAUCGCAUCGUUUGGGCCUGCUUCGUCAUUGACGGUCUUGCAGCUAAUGGCGUCGAGAAAAACAUGUGCUGGAAAGACAACGUGCCGAACAUCCCCCUUCCCUGUUCCGACGACUGCUUCAAUACCUCUCAACUCUCAUUAAUACCCCACUAUCUUUCGCAAAUCGAAGACUCGGCAAUGCACACAGUCAUUGCGGAUCUGGACUUGGCAGCUCUCUUGGUUGUAGUUGUGCGCUUGAGGACCAAAGUCAUGCAGCUUAUUCGGGUCGCUGCCCCUAAAAUGCGUGUCUGGGAAACGUCUUCUGAGUUUGUCAGAAUCAUUGAUCAACUCAUGGCACUGUAUAACAACUUGCCGGAGCGGUAUUAUCUCACAGAUGCCAGCUUAUAUAUGCUCAAAGACAAGGGGAUGCUUGGGGCUGUCUUUGCUCUACACCUUUUCAUACAUGCCGUCAUCUUCGAUCUCACCAGAAUAUCGCUCGCCGGCUUCAGCUUUCCUCUGGCGCCAGCCUUCAAGCACGCGCCAUCCGAGUUUCUCACACACUGCCAGAGUUUGUGUCGUUUCCAUGCGAGCCGGGUUUCCGACAUCAUCCGGACUGGCAUGAGUUUCAGCCCGAAGGCAUUCGACGACCUCUUCUGUCCGGACGCUGCUGUAGAAUCGACCAAGGUGCAGAUUAUCUACGCAGCUACUGUGGACCGAUCGCCCCAGACCUUGCAGGUCACUAGGGACAAUAUCAUAACGAAUCUGAACUUCCUGUUAGGCAUUCACGAUCGGGGAAAGGAGGCUCCCACGCAGUUUAUUCGAGGUAUCAUUCCGCUUUGUCAUCUCUUUGGCUUCCGAGACAUUGCAGAGAGAUAUCAAGAGACACUUGGCCUUAGCAUACCCAUCGAUCCGGCCGAAGUCACUGGAUCUCCCGACGUCCACCACCUUUCCGCAUUGGCCUCCUUUCGGAGAGGAAGGCUGCAGCUUUCAGAGGCACAGUCGGGAAGCGGCGGUAAGACAAUAUCAUCGGGGAAGGAUACCAAAUCACCCUUGAUCCAAGCAUCUCAGAGCAUUUUCUACGAUGAGCCGAUAGACAAGGGCAGCGGCAAUGACUUGGCAAGCUCGCUGCCGCUCUUGAGACCAAGUUACCCUCCAUUCGAAGUGGCACCUGAACUCAUGAGCCAGUCACUGAUUCAAAGAAAUCCCCUUCAAGUCAUGCCGUCUGCGAGUGUCAUGGCUCAAAAUGGAGCUCUAUUUCAACCCUCAGUGGACGACUAUAUCAAGACAGCGGAUGAAAUGUCGACCUUUUUGACCUGGGGGAUGCUGGAGAUGCCCCAGUGGAUCAACUUUUCCGACCAAAUGCCCCCUGGGUGA